UGCUCAUCAGUGCCACCUGCCAGUGCCCAUCAGUGCCACCCAUCAAUGCCAAUCAGUGCCACCUAUCAGUGCCAGUCAGUGCCGCCUAUCACUGCCAGUCAGUGCCGCCUAUCAGUGCCAGUCAGUGCAUGUCAGUGCCGCCAGUCAGUGCCGCCUAACAGUGGCAGUCAGUGCCGCCUAUCAGUGCUGCCUAUCAGUGCCAUAUAUCAGUGCCAUGUAUCAGUGCUGCCUUUCAGUGCCCAUCAG